AUGAAAACAAAGGUCCUAGAAGCAAACUGGGAUCUCUACAAGAAACCCUUUAGAGAUUACCGAUUACCUGAUGAUCAGUGGUGGAAUGUUUCAAGAAAUGGCCAAUAUCAAUGCGGAGGUGUGCCAGGACUACAGCCCAAUAUCAGCAUUUGGACGAAUGGAGAUGGAGAGGCUAAAGAUGGAACUGGAGGUGUUAAUUGUGCCAUGAAAGAGAUAGCAGGGGUUUACAGAAUGUUGCCACCAUUGUUUACGACUGUGAUUGAGCAAACUGGGAUGUUGCCACCAGCAUGGAUGGGCACCUUGACCGACUUUGAUCACUCUACCAAUGGUUGA